AUGCCACGUAAGCUACGUAAGAAUAUACGUAAGAGGAAGAGAGCAUUGAAACAUCCAAUAGUAAAACUGACACCACAACAACAGUUGCAACAACAAAUGAUGAAUGACCCCACUAUGUUGCAACAAAUGUCAAGCAACCCUAUGCUCUUAAACCGAGUUAUUGGUGCACAGAGUGGAGGUUUAAGAGCGGCACUUUUAGCGAAAGUGGCAGGCUAUGGUGGAGCUGCAGACGGAACAGCUUAUAACCCUCAAAGUCAAAUGAAUUUGAGUUCACUCAAAAAUCAAAUAACAGAUGUCAAAAAGUCAAACAUAGACAUACAGAAACAAAUAA